AUGAAUGCUCGCAUGUCAAAACUGAGGAGGAGUAUAUCUCGAAGUGUAUUCCAACUGAAUAGCUCAUUGAGUCGACAGAAUAGUUUAAAUGGAUUGGUUGACCUCCCAACUAUGUCGAACACUACGCUGGUCGACAAGUUUGCGACACCGACGAAUUUCCGUCAAUUGAGAGACGUGAUUCGCAACAAUAACGAGUUAUUGGCGGAGGUUGUGGCGGCUUUCGAGGAGAAGGCGGCUCUCGAUUUUCACUAUUCGAAGACGUUGAAAAAGAUUUCGAUUCGAUUGCACAAAUUGACACAGAGUGUUGAGUCCGGAAUCGACAAAGGGUGGACAAAUGUUGCUGAGCAAUUUGAUAUCCAUGCCACAAUCCACAGUAACCUGGGCUCGGCGCUCACUGAAGACAUCAUUCAACCCCUUCGAUCCAUCCACACAAGUCAGCAAAAAACGAUUCGGGCAGCUGACAACUUUGUGGAAAGAGAGAUCAGAAAACUGAAGGAUAAGAAAGAAGAGACGCAGAAAAUGAAGAGAAGUCUCUAUGUUCUGUCGAAAGAACUGGAGAAGACGGAGAAUGCGGCGGAACGAGAGAAGAUGGCGCCGGAGAAGUAUGCGCUCCGCAGGAAGAAAUACAAGGAGCAAAUGAUUCGAAGUGAGGACGAUUAUGUGUGGCAAACUGUGGAUUUGGAGAAACAGAGAAGAAUGACAGAGAAUGUUUUGAGGAAAGGAGUAGAGAGUAUGGAAUCAGUGGAGAGACAGAGAUUGGCUCAUUGUCAGACGGCGUUGGGAAGGUAUAAGAGGAAGAUUGAGAAUUUGGGACCCAAUUUGAGACAGAUGUUCGAACGACACUCAAAUAACUUGGAACUCGCUGUUGAUUCAGUUCCCGAGGACUACAUCCAAACCAUCCAACCCUCCACCUCUGCCGUCAAUCAUAUCACAUUGAUAGAUUUACAUGCUGAGAAUUUCGGAGAGGUGAUGUCUUCCACUCGACGUCGUCAGAAUCUGGAACGAGUGUCGGGUGUCUUGGAUUCAGAGCUGAAACGGAUGUACAACAAUCAGACUGCAGAUGUAAUGGUUUCAAAUUCGAAACAGAUUAGCGUGCUAGAAUUCAUCGAAUACCUUUACUACAAAAUCAACGACUCCAUAAAUAUAGUGGAUGGUGGUCAAAAUCGAGGCUUCCAUAGAUUGGCAAGGUUUCAACACAAGAUAAAAGAUAAGUCGGGUCUGGCUAUGACGAUUCUGACGAUUCCACUAACCGGUGAAAACAAUAGUCUGCCACCGCCAAGUCUCUCACUUGAAGCAUCAACAGCCUACCCGUCGCCACAUGGAAGCAAUGAUUAUGAGGAGUAUGAGAAGAUUUCUGACGACGGCUUCUACUCCACUGCAACCACCAACACGUCAUCAAGUGGCGGUGCCAGAACUACUACAACAUUCAAUGAGUCAACUUCAAAUAGCCCGACUAUUUGUCGAGUUCUCUAUGAUUUUGAGCCGAAGCAUUCUGAUGAAAUUCAGAUUCGAGAAGGACAAUGUGUACUUGUUGAGGACCGUAUUGGAGAGGAUUGGUUGAUAGGGCAUGUCAUUAGUCAACCGGAUAACUCGUCGAUUGAUCCGAGAUCUGGAAGAUUCCCGACUACUUAUGUUUCACUUAGGCAAUAA